UGUGACUCCCGGCACUGCGCACCGCACACAGCUGCGCCAAAACCAAGGAUGCGGACUUCUCUGGUCGUGUGCUGCUGCGUCUUGGCGCUGCAAUGCCUCCCGAGCACGCUUUGUCUUCCAGUGCGGGAAUCCAGCAGGUACAAAGUGGCACCGGACUCUGAAAAGUUCCCAGACUUGAAGACGACGGAGAAGGUUGAUAUUGUUCAUGAAUUGAUGAAGGAGUUGGGUGUGCUAACCAACAUACCUUACACACGGGACCGACCUCGCUGCGGCGUGCCGGACUACCCCGACGAGAAGGAAGUGCAUUACCGGGGGCGCCAGCGCCAGAGACGCUUCGUCCUGUACGGAGGCCGACUGGAGAAGAAUGACCUCACAUACAGGAUCAUCCGGUUUCCCUGGCAGAUAAGCGAGGAAAACGUUCGGCGUGUCUUUCAGGAAGCGCUGAAAAUCUGGAGUGACGUCACCCCGCUCACCUUCACCGAGGUCCACAGCGGGAGGGCCGACAUCCGCAUCGAUUUCACCAGGUCCUGGCAUGGAGACAACCUUCCCUUUGACGGCCCGGGUGGGAUUCUCGCUCACGCUUUCUUCCCCAAAACACACCGACAGGGCGACAUCCACUUUGACUACGAUGAGUCCUGGACCCUCGGAAACCACAUGGGCACAGACCUUCUCCAGGUUGCUGCCCAUGAGUUCGGGCACGUCCUGGGCCUGCAGCAUUCCCGAGAGCGGGGAGCCAUCAUGUCCGCAUACUACUCCUUCUCCUACCCGCUGAAGCUGAGCGAGGAUGACAAGCGAGGCAUCCAGUACCUGUACGGGACUCAUCCGCAAGUCCAGCCCUCACCACCACCCCCACCUCCACCUCCAUCCUUCACAGAGACCAAUGAGAUUGUCACUAAUCCUGAUGCCUGCCAGACGGACUUUGAUGCCGUGUCUAUGAUCCGGGGGGAGCUGUUCUUCUUUAAGUCGGGCUACGUUUGGCGGAUCAGGGACGGGCAACUGCAGAGCGGUUACCCAGCGCUGGCAUCUCGUCACUGGAGGGGGAUUCCAGACAACAUCGACGCCGCCUUUGAAGACAAGUCAGGGAAUAUUUGGUUCUUUCAAGGUGAGUACUACUGGGUGUUUGAUGCUGAGAUGCAGAUCAGAGGGCCGGAGACCAUCAGGAACCUGGGUCUGCCGGUGUCCCGCAUCCAAGCGGCGCUGCGCUGGGGCGACUCCAACUACAACACCUACUUCUUUAAAUCAGGCAGCUACUGGAGGUUCAAUCCCCGCGAGAACCGAGUUGAGUCCGAGUACCCGCGCAGCAUGCAGGACUGGAGCGGCAUCCCCUAUGAUGUGGACGCUGCUUUCAGGGAUAUAUACGGCUAUGCUCACUUUAUCCGAGGACGACAGUACUGGAAAUUUGAUCCUGUUGGCAUGAACUCUCUAGAGGGCUACCCUCGCUACGUCGGCAUGGAUUUUUUCGGCUGUAGAAACGUGUGAGUCUUCGUGUAACUCUGGAGAUUUGGGGUGACGGAUGUCUUUUUGACAAUGAAGAGGAGUUUUUUGGAACAGAGAUGUUUGUAUGUUCAAACUGUGGAUUCAAGGAGACGAGACGGUCUCCUCUAAAUCUGUUUUAUGCUUUACUCCAUUUAUUGAUACUCAGAUCCAUAACACCUUCUUCUCAGGAAAACCAAGUUAUGUUUCCUCAGACUUGGCACCUCCUGUGCAGCUAUACUCUACUAUUUAUUUUGCACAUUUUGUCACCGUACUCUGAGAUCUGGGCCCUGUAUUAAUGACGUGUAAUACUGAUGUGAACUGCACCGUUCUCACCUCCUUUCUUUGAGCCUGAAAUGGAGACUUCCCUGACCGAUGUUGGUUCUCAGAACCAGAACAGACUAUCUUUGUCGCUGUAGUGGACACUUUUCAUUUCAACUGUUUGUUUUUGUUUUUUAUUUCAUCACGGAUGGACUCGCUGAUCGUCAAGUGUUUGAAGAGUGACAUCAAACUUACAGCUGCUGUAGCGGAGAGCUUGAGAGGUAACUUUUGUUAUAACACUGCAACAUGAAAACCCAGAAAGGAUGUUAAACUAUACUUUUUGAAGGUGAUCAGAGUGAUUUUACUGGCAACGUCUUUUUACCUUUUUGUAUUUGGUUCAUCUAGAUUCACACUGACCAGAAAAGUCAAAUUAUUCUCAAGCAGCUCAUUUAUUUUACAGAGUUUUGGAAACCUUUCUCACUACCAGGAGAAAGAUUUUGGUAAUGUAGCUGUAACCUUCGCCAAGCAUGAUGGACUUUUGUCUUCUGUUCGUUCUAGAAAAAGAAUAACCAGUAUGAGGUAAAAGAUAAAUAUGAGCUUUGUUCAGCUUUCAAAGGGUGAUCAAAGGUUUUUCUUGACCUGAACAAACUGUCUCCAAAUAAUCUCUAAUAAUCUAUGCAGUCAAAAUUUUUCAGUUAUUUGUGGAUAAACUUUAAGAAAUUAUCUUCUGAUCUGACAUGUUUUGAGUAGCAAACAUUACUACAUGUAGGCUUGAAGGCUACGUGUGUGUAAUAAAGCUAAACUGUUAACCACUGUACAGGCAGAAGGUAUAUAUAUAUAUAUAUAUAUAUAGCCAUAUGUGGUCAAUUAUGAGUGUUUGGAAUUUGCUGAGAGUGGUUUCAGAAAUUUCUAGAUGUUUUUUGUUUUUUUGCUGUGAAACUGAGUCAAUGGUAAAAUCCAUUAGGUCUGCACCUAUAGAUUAUUUUCAUUAUUGUCAAUCAGUCGAUUAAUUAAGUUUAGUCUACAAAUCAUCAGGAAAUAGUGAAAGAUGUCACCAAGAGCCUGAAGUGAUGUCAUCAGAUGUCUUGUUUAGUCCAACAACAGUCCAACGAUAUUCAAGUUACUAUAAUGUAAGACAAAGAAAAACAGCACAUUGUCAAAUUUGAAAAGCUGCAUUUCUGCUUGAAAAUUGAUUUUUAAUAGACAAUCGGCAAUUCAUUUUCUGUUGAUCGACUCUAGUAUCUAUUGUAACUGCUGUAAAUCCAGCUGUCAUCCUCCACAGAGUUACAAACUCUCCAAAACCAACAAAACAUAAGUUAAGAGUUUUGUUUUAAGGCCAUGGUUGAAGUCAGCCAGUCCGAGCCUGACAGCGUGAGCUCAGGGCAAAAGAGUCCCGUAGGUUACUUCCCCCCAGGCUGUGAACUGGCACCUGAUAACUGCAACAAUCAAAGAUUAUUCGUACAUCUGAUGUUUAAGUUUCCUCAGACUUUCAUCAGCAAUAGUGAUGAAGACAGUUCUGGGUCAGUUUUGCAGCUGAUUAAACUCUUGUAACAAGACAGGAAGCAUGUUCAAACUUUGAAUGUCUGAAACAAAAGUCCAAAGCAUUUCUGCCUUUUUUUUGGUCAAAAUCACCAUUAUUUGCACAUACAGGAGCAUGUUAGACAUGAAAGCGAUUCACGUCGGCUAAAUCGGACUUUUCCAACUGUGGUUAGAGCAUUGUUGGGUGUUAUAGGGUUUGUCAGUCCUAGUGAAGAAAGACAUUUGUACACAGCCUAAGAGACUCAACUCAGGGUAAAAACAAAUCUUAGGAGGAUCUGCAUCUAGUUUCACCUCAGCUAACGAAGGAAGAAGUGUCAGAGCUUGAAUUAAAAAGCUUUGAGCUUGGUGCAAAAACACUCCAAAAAAUUCAGUCACUGUUGUCGACUUCAGCUUUUCUCUGCAACCAAGUGUUUCCUCACUGCUGUUUAAAGGGUUUCAUCAGUCUGUAAUGUCACUU